AAUAAAAAAUAGCAAUUAAAAAAGUAAAUUUAUAAAAAAAUAAAUGAAUAAAAAUUCGUGUCUCAUGCCGCCACAUGGCAAAAUGUUGAGGUUUCGAACCUAAAUCUAUUUAUUUAGGGUUAAAAAAAACCCCAGUCACUUAUAUAUUGUAAUAAUAUUUAAUAUUAAAAGCAAUAUCUAGUUAUAUACAUAUACUCAUAUAUAUUUAUCUGUAAAUAUUUACCUUGCUUUCUCAUCUCACGAUGAAGUUUUCAUUUCAGUUCUCAAAUCUUUUGGGGUCUGUAUAUCGUCGUGGUAACCUUGCUUUUACUCCUGAUGGUGGCUGUGUGAUUAGUCCUGUUGGGAACCGGAUCACUGUCUUUGAUUUAAAAAAUAAUAAAUCAGAGACCUUGCCUAUUGAAAGCAGUCGGAAUAUUACUCAUAUUGCAACAUCCCCAGAUGGCUACACACUUAUUUUGGUCAAUGAAGAGGGAGAGGCGCUGCUGUGCAGUCUCAUUAGUCGCAGUGUGCUGCACCGAUUCCACUUCCACGGUCCAGUGCACUCUGUCAAAUUCAGUCCUGAUGGCAAGAAGUUUGCUGUUGCUAAAGGGGACAAAGUCCUUUUGUAUAGUGCUCCUUGUAAACAAAUGAAUUUCAACCCCUUCAGACUACUACGAACCCUUUAUGGGGCUUAUGACGACAAUGUUUGUAUCGAUUGGAGUUCAGAUUCACGUGUUCUAUGUGUUGGUUCCAAAGAUAUGUCAACCCGUGUCUAUGGUGCCAUCCGCUUCAAGAAUCUCAUCAUUUACACUGUUGGAGGUCAUUCAGACAGCAUAGUCGGUGCCUUCUUUGAAAAAGAUUCUAUGAAUCUUUACACAAUAGCAGCAAAUGGAAUUGUGAAUUACUGGGAAUGUAAUACUGGGUUGGAUGGACUGGAAUCUUACAGAAAAGAAAAUCAAAAAGAUGCUGAAGAUGUGGAUGAAGAACAGUCUACAGAGACCCAGAAACGUCGCCGCCAAGAAGAGGAAGAUGACCGUGUGAAGAACAAGAUCAUUUACAAGAAAGGUCAUAGAUGUAAUUUGAAGCUGUCAAGAGACAAAGGAACUUCACAGAUGGCAGCCAAACUGACCAGUGUUGCUUUCCAUAAGCUAACUAAUUUGCUGGUGACUGGCUUUGAAGAUGGCUGUUUCUUCAUCCACGAGAUGCCCGUUGCCAAUCUCAUCCAUUCCUUAAGUAUUUCCGACCAGUUAGUUGGUGCCGUGGAAUUCAACAAGACCGGAGAUUGGAUUGCUAUGGGCUGUUGUGGUCUCGGUCAGUUACUGGUAUGGGAAUGGCAGAGUGAGACCUACAUUUUAAAACAGCAGGGUCAUUUCAACAAUAUGACCUGUCUGCAAUAUUCUCCUGAUGGUCAGUUUAUUGCGACCGGUGGUGAUGAUGCGAAGGUGAAAGUUUGGAAUGUGAUGAGUGGCUCCUGUUUUGUAACAUUCUCUGAACACACGGCAGGUAUCACUGGGGUGACCUUCAACCAGCAAGGACAGGUGGUGCUUUCUUCCUCAUUGGAUGGAACGGUGCGAGCAUUUGAUCUGAACCGUUAUCGAAAUUUCCGGACAUUUACCUCUCCACAAGCUGCCCAGUUUUCCUGUUUAACAGUUGACCCCAGUGGAGAAAUUGUGUGUGCUGGAACUGUGGACUCAUUUGAGAUUUAUGUCUGGUCCAUGAAAACUGGACGUCUGCUCGAUGUAUUGUCUGGACACGAAGCCCCUAUCUCUGACCUUAGCUUCAGCCCAUCUCGAGCAUUGCUGGCCAGUGGUUCCUGGGAUAAAACUGUCAAGUUAUGGGACAUUUUUGAAAACAAAGGAGCAAGGGAAACUCUGACUUUAAAUGCCGAUGUUUUGGCUCUUGCAUUUCGUCCUGAUGGGGGUCAGUUGGCCGUUGCAACUCUCAACGCUUCUAUAACAUUUUGGGACUCACAGUCUGCUGUCCAGACUGGCUCAAUUGAAGGACGACAUGACUUGGGUUAUUUCCGCAAACUGGAAGACAAAAUAACUGCCAAAAAAUCAGCAGCUGGACAGGCAUUUAACACCAUUUGUUAUUCAGCCGAUGGGAAAGCUAUACUUGCUGCCGGCCGUUCCAAAAAUGUCUGCAUUUAUUCAGUAGAAGACCAAAUUCUUAUGAAAAAGUUUGAAAUUUCUUGCAACAAAUCCUUUGACGGAAUGGAGGAGUUUUUAGACAAAAGACAAAUGACAGAAUGGGGUAACAUUGAACUCAUUGAUGAUGAAGAAGAGGAUGGCACACGUAAAAGUAUCAGUUUACCUGGUGUUCUCCGAGGAGACAUGUCAUCCAGACAUUGGAAGGCAGAAGUUAGAGUUUGCUGUAUUCGCUUCUCUCCCACAGGUCGUGCAUGGGCAGCAACUUCAACCGAGGGUCUUCUUGUCUAUUCACUCGAUCACAGCCUUACAUUCGAUCCAUUCGAACUUGAAGUAGACAUCACUCCUGACAAGAUACGGCACACCUUAAAAGAAAAAGAUUAUUCAGCUGCCCUCAUGCUCAGUUUCCGCCUCAAUGAACAUCCCAUCAUUCAGGAAGUAUUGGAACAAAUCCCACUCAAUGAUGUUUUGAUUAUUUGCCAGAAUCUCCACUCCACUUACGUCGAUAAACUUCUGUUCUUCAUCAGUGGUCAGAUUGAACAGUCAGCUCACAUACAAUAUUAUCUCACCUGGCUAGAACAUCUUCUUGUUUCCCAUGGGCCGGCCUUAAAACAACGGUCUGCUUCAAUUAUGGCCACACUGCGGUCAAUACAGAAAGCUACCAAGAUCAAGUAUGAUGACAUUGGUAAAAUUUGUGAACACAAUGAAUUCACCAUGCAGUACCUGCUAAAACAAAGCCACUUGAAGCGGAAAAGGGCUGAAGAGAACUCUAAAUCUAAGGGUUCGUCUGACAAUGAUGAGAAUGAUGAAGGCAUGGAAAGUGAAUCAGAAGAUGACAGUGGUGUGACAGACUCUUCAAAUAUAUUUGUAAGCAAAUGGUCAGAUGAUGACAGUGACAGCUAACAGAGGGCCUCGAUAUUUUUGUAAUAAAGUUAAAAUGCUAUCUUACUGAA